CAGACGGCAGAGUUACUCCCCUCGAAUGUGUCGGUGUUUAUACGACUGAAAGUUGGCAAGUCCUGCAUAGGCCUACUGUUUUUCAACGCAUUUCUUAUGAUAGAAUAACACCAUUUGGAUAUGUCUUCGGAGGAGGUACAGAAGCAUUCCGUUCACACCCUUGUGUUCCGGUCUCUGAAACGGACACAUGACAUGUUCCUGUCUGAUCAGGGCAACGCACCUCUCAAAGAUGAUCAGAGUGAAAAAGUAAAAUGUCUUGCAAAAAUUCAAGAUGAGUAUGGAGCAGUGAAAGAGGCAGCGAAACGUGAAGCUCGGGCCAAACAGCUACAGCAAGCAGGAGGUGGUGACAUGCAACAUAAUGGGGCAGCUACAGGUGACGGUCUGGAUCACAUGAGGUUAGGAGGCCCUGGAGCUGGGGGCAACAUGGACAGAUCAGAUCCAAAUAACAGGGCUCUUGUGGCUGUGAACAUCGGACAGCAACAGAUGCUUGUGCCUAAAAAAGCUCCUACGAUGCCCAAGCCUAACUGGCAUCCUCCGUGGAAACUCUAUCGGGUGAUCAGUGGUCAUAUUGGCUGGGUGCGGUGCCUGGCAGUGGAACCUGGAAAUGAAUGGUUCGUGUCUGGUGCAGGAGACAGAGUCAUCAAGAUCUGGGACUUAGCCUCUGGCACCCUGAAGCUGACCCUGACCGGCCAUGUGAGCUCAGUGCGGGGUGUGGCCGUCAGCUCCAGACAGCCCUAUCUCUUCUCCUGCGGGGAAGAUAAAAUGGUCAAGUGCUGGGACUUGGAACAGAACAAGACAAUCCGCCACUACCACGGCCACUUGAGUGCAUGUUAUGCCUUGGACCUUCACCCGACCAUUGAUGUCCUUACCACUUGCGGUAGAGAUGGAACUGUCAGGGUGUGGGACAUCCGUACCAAAGCUUGUGUUCACACCUUGACUGGUCACCAGAACACUGUCGCGGUGGUCAAAUGUCAAGCCCCAGAGCCUCAGAUAAUUUCUGGCAGUCACGACUGCACCGUUCGGCUGUGGGACUUGGCCAUGGGCAGGACGAGGGUUACCCUCACAAACCACAAGAAGAGUGUGAGGGCAGUGGCUCUCCACCCCGUCCAGUACUCGUUUGCAUCAGGCUCGCCCGAUAACGUGAAGCAGUGGAAGUUCCCAGAUGGAGAUUUCUUACAGAAUUUGUCGGGACAUAAUGCUAUCAUCAACAGCUUAGCUUGCAACUCUGAUGGUGUACUGGUUUCCGCAGCUGACAACGGCAGCAUGCAUCUGUGGGACUGGAAGACAGGAUACAACUUUCAGCGCAUCCAGGCAGCCGUGCAGCCGGGCUCUAUCCACUCGGAGGCUGGCGUGUUUGCCCUGUGCUUUGACCACAGCGGCAGUCGACUCAUCACUGGAGAGGCUGACAAGACCAUCAAGAUUUACAAGGAAGAUGAUUCUGCGACUGAAGAGACCCAUCCCAUCAACUGGAGGCCAGACAUUUACAAGAAGAAAAGAUACUGAAGUCUGUGGUUAUUCUUUGUCCAUUUGUAAAUAUACAGCUGCCUUGCACAUCAGUUUUCAAUAAAGAUCAUGUCAAUAAUGUCAUUUUGA